CAAUCACGUUGGAUCAUCCGCCAAGGGCUAUCGAGAACCAGAGGUCUUCCUGCCGCACCACCGCUUCGUCGACAUGGCAUCGAAGCGCCGCAACGAACAUGCACAGAUGCGGCGGGAGCAGUACGAAUCUAUGAUGGACGAGGACGGAUCGGGAGAGUGUGGUGGUCUCGUCCGAGCUUCUGACGAAAUCAUCGCGAAACGCCGCAUUGUCACUGCGCGGGGUAGUAAACGCUCGGCAGCAUCUACUCCAUCUGCCCCAGCUCCCGCAAAUCCAAUAGCCGCGUCGUCUUUCAAAGCACCAGAACCAGUGUCGAAGCCGUUGUCGAAUCCAUUUGCCGCCUUUAGUGGACUCACAGCACCCGCGGCACCAUCCGCCUCUGCAAACCCGUUUGCUGCAUUCAAAGGCUUGACAUCAACGACACCAGCGUCUGUAGUUUCUUCAACGACGCCGUCUGCACCGUCCACUGGGUUCCAUGGCAUCGUUCCCCCUGCCACCACCACCACACAGUCUUCCACGGCAAAACCGUCCUCCAAGCAAGGACUGAACUUUCUAUGGAUCGAGGCAAAAGUGGGCAAGCAAUCCCGUGAGGAAGCGAAAUCAACGUGCUUGGAGCUCCUCAACAAAGAGUUUUUUGCGUUUGUCCAGGAGCAGGUAGUGGAGAAUCCCAUGGCGCUGUGGACCACUCCCAUCAAAGAGUAUAUGCACCACGUCGAGUGCCUGGAGAAGGACCUCGACGUGUUGUACGGUGUCAAGGCAUGUGAUGAGAAGGAGGCAGUCGCGUCUGGCGCGAGCGGUGGGUUCACAUUUGGCGUCCCAUCUCCGUCGACGACUUUGGCUCCGGUGACCGCACCAUCUGCACCCAAGCCAUCAGGCAUCGCAUUUGGCGCCACCGCGUCGGCCGGCGAUGCACCGAAGCCAGCAGGAUUUACCGUGGGCAAUAAGAAAGACACGGCACCCGCACCAAGCAAGUCGACAGACUCGAAAGCCAAGGCGGUGGGGUUCACAUUUGGACCUAAAAACGACUCUUCACCACCCUUUGGCGAAGCAUCCAAUGCGUCGGGGUUUUCCUUUGGUCAGCCGGCCAAGGACUCGUCGCCCGAUUCGGCAAGCAAGCCAUCAAGUGCGUCAUUUUCAUUUGGCGCUGCUUCGACUACCGCGUCGCCUGCAUUCGGGUCCACCCCAAGCGAUUCGACCAAGCCAAAGAUGACCUCUGGCUUCAGUUUCGGAACGUCUACAAGCGGUGCGUUGUUUGGAGACGCCAAGCCUUCGACUGGUGCUGCGUCGAAGCCGGCGACCGGAAUGAGUUCUUUCGCCGCGCCACCUGCUGCGUUUUCGUUUGGCCAGGCCACAACUUCGUCGGUCAAAGCGUCCGCCCCUGCGACAUCUGGCUUUUCGUUCAACUUGCCAAACAAACCAGCCGCCUCUGGCGCAUCGACUCCAGCUGCACCUGCCAACGACGAUGACGAUGACGACGAAAACAUUGGUCGAGAAGAGGCGACUGUGAUCAUCAAGAGCGAUUCUGAAGUGGAUGAGGAAGUCUUGUUUGAAGAGGCCGUCGUUCGACUGCGGCAGUUCAAAGCCGCUGAGAAGGAGUGGGCUGACUUGGGGUCGCAUCCGCUCAAGCUCCUUCAACACAAAACUACCAAGGCCACGCGCAUCGUGGUCCGUAACUCGAUUGGGAAGGUUAUGCUGAACGCUGGCCUGUUUGCCGGCCUUACGAUCCAAGCAAAGCCGAAGAGCGUGCUCAUUCCUCUCAUGCACGAAGGCAAGAUCUUCAACUUUCUCUUUAGCAUCCCGCCCGCGCGCAUCCCGGAGUUCAAGGCUGAGGUCGAAAAGAACAUUCCCAAGUAAUUUGUUGGUACAACAUUCCGUCGGACGUUAAGGAGCCAUGUCUUGAGAGGUCACACAGCGAGGUAGCUGUAGGUCCUGUCUCGUCAGGUCGGGAUGGAUGGCUCGAAACAGUUUUAUGUGAG